AUGGCUUGGGAUGGCUGGGGCCAAAGUAAGUAAGUAAUAGAGAGCUUUAGAUUCUAAGACGAGUACGACAACGACUACGAGAUUUUCUCAGUGGUGCUCGCGCGAGAACCGCCAACCAGCGUCAUUUUGGUGGGAAAACGUGGCAGCCGUCGUCACUCUACUACGAGUUUUACUAAGAAUGUCGAAACGGGGGAGGACAAGAUAUCAAAUGUUAGAAGUUUUAUCAUUUUGCGAUCGGGAUAGGGUGUAACCUCCUUCACUAAAGGUAACAGUGCUAACUUUUCUACUGAAAAAAGGUAAAAAAAAAAAAGCUUUCCGGGGUGUCUAUAUUUUGAGAAUACGCGAAAAAACUUAAAGUCAAAUCUCGUACUCGUAUUCGUUCUCGUCCUUGAAUCUAAAGGUCUCUAAUAUCGUUGAAACUUUAGACCUUAGUUAGAUCUACCAUGCAGUCCUAAACCAGGUUUCGUCACUUUUUAGGAGAAGCUGCCUCAAAACAUGGUCAGACGCCACCUCCCACUUUUUUAGAGGCUCCUCAGGAAAUCCACUACUAUGUGACAAGGAAGCAGCCUGUCAAUCUGACAUGGGUGGCAACUAACGUUUGCAAGAUGCAGAUUAAGUGUAACAACGAGAAAUUUAGAGAUGGAAAUAACAGGGUCUGCAAGCAAACUUGUAAAGAAUGCAAAACGAGGAGGAGGACAAAAAUUGUUAAGGUGAAAGAUUUCCCUGAAGGUGUCAGGUCCAUGACAUGCCAGUGCAAGGUCUGGGGCACAAAAGUGAUUAAAGCUGAGAAGAUCAUCGUGGAGAAAGCUUGUGAGUAUUUUAAUGUUUAAGAUGCUCAAACACGGUCCAGAUUUCAGGAAAAAAAAGUGAAAGAAACUAAAAACACACAACAUCAUCGUACAUUACUUACAAUAUUGAGAAGUAUUUAUAAGGACCGCUAAUUAGCCCCCUUCCCCCGCCCCCCCGCCUUCCACUCAUACACCCCGCGAUAUGGGCCCAUCUUCUUCUAAACUAAAAAAUAAACAUUUAGAGCUUGAAUUUCAUGGCUAAAGUUCAGAAUAUUUAGAAUUUUUCGACAAAAUAUCUGUUAGAAUCCUUCGUAUGUUCAGGUUGUCUAAAGCGUCUUUUUAUGCCCUGACAUCUUCAUUCAUAACAUUUUAUGAGACGUACGGAAAGUUGCCAAAGCAAUUUUGUAAUUUCACAUGUGAAAUUACAAAUGAACGCUGAAGUUUUGCAAAAUUAAGAAGUAACUCGUCACCCAGACUUCUCGUCACCUAUGAUAUUAAUCCGGUUAUAACCUCCUUCGGAUGUAAGCCCCCUCUAGUUUGAGUAUCGACGGAAAUUAAUUCGAUAUAUUAUGACGUUUUAAAGCUUAACGAUAAUCCAGUUAAUCAUUGAUAACUAUAACAAAGUUCCCAAAUCUGAUUGGCUAUCAACUGUGCUGAUUUCAGCACUAGUGAUUAAACAAAUCGGUCGUCCGAUUUUGUUAAUCACUCGUAUGAUUACAGACCGAAUUGGACUCCACUCAGUCCUAUUAGUAUAGGUAAUAGCAUGAGUUGUAGUGAUAUUUUCAUAAAUACCACGAGUGAUAUUUCAAAAUUGUUAUACGAUAUUUCACGAGCCGUUAGGCGAGUGAAAUUUGAGACAAUUUUGAAAUAUCACAAGUGGUAUUUAUGUUUAGUAUAUACUAAAACAGUGGAUAGUGUUUUCCGCGCGCUCUGAUUGGCUACUCAAUCAGUGAAUAUCCUGCACUAUUCACUGAUUCACCUCCAGUUCCUCGGAGCGAGCGACGCCAAACUCGUGUAAGUUGCAAGCAAAAUGCCUUCCAGGUUUGCUGCCGUAAACAAACAAAGAAAUUUCACAACUAACCAAGCAAGCUGUUUCCGAAAUACACGAAGAAGGUGACGAAGUUCGGAUUGGAAGUUUUAACAGGUAAAGCUUUGUCUUUUUGACACGAAUUUAUCGAUAAAACCGGUGAAAAAGUUUUUUGUUUACAAAUGCAAAUGAAGCUUAAGUCUUGCUUACUUUAUUCAGUUUAGUUGAGUUGUUCAUAAAUAAGCUUAAAACUAAAUUUAAUAAUCUUUUUUUAUAGAAUGAUUUUAAAUACAAAAAGAAUUCACAACUCCUUUUGAAGAAAUUUCCCCGCAAGAGCUAAACAAAUGCCUUCAAAAGUUUUAGUUGCCGGCAAGAAAAAGCGACGGCCGCGGCCGCCCGGUCAUUACGCGCCAAAAUUGUAAUCGUUGGCAACAGUAUUUGAGUUAAAAAUCGUCGUUUUUGUGCUCAAUUAUCUCACUGUUUUAGUAUAUACUAAAACAAUUAUUCACCUCAGUGUCGGUGGCUAGUCGUGGAUAUUUACCUCACUGCUUCGCAGUUCGGUAAAUAUCCAGGACUAGCCACCUCCACUUCGGUGAAUAAUUGUUAUUUAUACUACUACCCACAAAAGGUUUGUAAUUUUCACAUGUAGGUAUUUCAAAUUCUGAAAUACCACUGCUCUAAGCCAAUCAAAUUGCAGAAAUUUUUCAUGUAGUAGUAUAAUAUUACAAAGUGUGAUAAUCUGUUAUUACAAAGUGCGACAGCUUUUUUAUUACAAAGUUCGACAGCACAGUUAUUACAAAGUGCGACAGAACACACAUGCGUGAAAGCAAUUGGUAGACAGGGUAGGGAUGACUUGGAAAGCUGUGCCUACCUCUGGAAAUUUUCUAGCUACGGCCCUUUUAUUUCGGUUCUAUUUGCAGUUCUUCGGCGGAACUUUACUGUAUUCCAGUCACUUCACGUGGUCCCUCCAAACGCUACUGUGAUCCUUCCAUGCAAGCCGCCACAUGGCGAACCAAGACCAGAAAUCACCUGGUACAAAAAUGGUGAACCGUUUUCCCCUGAGCGUGGCAGACAAGUUAUUUUUCCUGUGAAAAAUACGGUGAAGCUGGAAUUAAAGCACGUGAGCGCAAACGACUCCGGCGAGUACAGGUGUGUUGCCAUGAACAUGGCAGCGCGCCGAGAAGGACCGAUUUUAAGACUCGAAGUUAGAGGUUAGUCAGUUCAGUUUCAUUUCUUUUUUGUCAGAUUAUGACAGCAAACCCUUCGAUCCUCUUAUGUAAGGAAACCCAAGACAGUCUUUGAUUCUCGAUUCCACAUCGUGGAUUCAGGAUUUUUUGUCAGUAGAACUUGGAUCCCUAUAGUUCAAUUCCGGAUUCCUUGAGCUGUGUUGCAGAUUCGAAAGUCUAGGAUUCCAGAUUCCACAAGCAAAAUUUUCUGGGCUUCCGGAAUUGGGAUUCCUUUGUAUGAGGCGUCGACGUCUAUUUUUAUGACUUCUGUAUAAAAACGUACAAAAGUAAUCUCAUCUGACUUGUCGUUACAACCGAAACCGAAACGUCUCAAAGUAAGACAUCAUCCCAUGAUAUAAUUUAUAGCAGGUUCAGGAAAGCAUCAAACUUUUGUCCCAACUUUGUGAACAGUUCCAGGCAAUGAGAAUUUACUCCAGCGACCUAGUCCUAGAAGCUUGCCAUUACUUGCUUCUGAUUGGCCAGAAAACCUUUUCUGGCUAAUGACAAGCGAGGAAGCCAGACGUUUUCUGGAACUGGUUUGCUCAAAGUAAAUGCGUAGAGCCCUAGGGCUUCUCCAGUAAAUACCUUGCCCCGUUGGCUUCCCCUGGGUCUAAGCACUCGCUACAGUAAGGAGCAAGAACUCCAUUCCUAGCUUUACAAAACUCUCACGCUUCUUUUCGUAGAAAAUGUCUCGACCGAUGCUUUUGGUGAAAGCUCAUGGAAUUGCACUGGCCAGCCUUCAGCUGGAUGUACGAGGGAAAGCAACACGUCGUUUAGUUAUGGUAAUACACAUAUUUAGUCAAGGCUAAGGGUUGAUUUCCACUGUCGCGUAAUUUUAACGUGGGUCCGUACGCAAAUUUUUGCGCGCGUAAAUAAAGUAGAGGCAAUGCAUGGUUCCAGGUCACGCGUAAACGCAAAAGUUGAACCUCGGUCAACUUUUACGUUUACGCGUGCCCUGUCAUACAUCACCUCUAUUUUAUUUACGCGCGUAACAUUUUUCGUGCGUACGCCAUGAAAAUUACAUCGUUGGCUUUAUCUUCAAGUUCGACGACGGCGACGGCAACGAGAACGGUAAAAAAAAAAACAAUAGGUUUAGAUUGGCAAAACAACAACCCUGCACGUCCAUCACAAAUUACACGACAGUGGAAAUCCACCCUAAGUAAGAAAAUGUAGUGUAACAGAAAUGUGUUUCUCUUUUUGUAAAAUGGAAUGUCGAUACUUAGUACAACAAGGUACCAGGAGACUGACAAGGUCCGCUCAUUGUAACUGGAGAACAUUUUAUCGAGUUCUUUUUUAUACAUUUUCACAGUGAUUGAGGUGAAUAAGAUCGUUCUUUUUGCCGGUGUCUUUGAUAAUAGGGGUAUGUUAUUUCAAGGUUUCACUGAGUGAAACAAAAUAAUAGAAGUUGUUUUAAUAUAACUUUUGUAAAUUCCAGCUUUGUUAAUCGUUGGAACAGAAGAUGCUCUUCUCAAAAUUGACCUGCGAAACACAUCAAGGAGAACGCAACUUCAAGUCAAGAACGUAAUGUCACUGGACUUUAGUUCCGAUAAAAACCUGGUUUACUGGUCAAACAAGAAGGAGAUAAAGCAGCUCUCUUUACAAACCGGCAUCAGUGAGGUCAUACCUUUUCAUCACAAUGACUAUAGCUCCGUGCCAUUCCCAGAGGGCCUUGCAGUUGAUUGGAUAAGUGGUAAAUUAUACUGGACUGAUGCCAAGCGAGACGCCAUUUACGUAGGGGAUUUGCGCAACGGCAGAAAAAUGACAAUUAUCGAAGGAAAGAUUGAUUCACCAAAGGCUAUAGUCGUCAGUCCUUCAAACGGGUGAGUUAAACAUAACUAUCGAUUUGAACGUAACUUGUUUCCGAAUUUUACAAUUUAUUGUUGGGCGAAUUCCAGCUAAUACUGAAGGUUCCACAAAUGCUUUCAAAUAUCGCAGUUUCAGUACCGGUAAUACGGUUGGGAAUGUACUGCGCUUGUUCUGACAUGUGGAAAUGGUUAAAUGUCCCUAGUAGUGGUUUUUGGAGUGGAAAAGAAUCCCAAGGCGCCGUCGCAGUACACUAUUAGGGGGCUUAAGCAACGACGAAAGCGACGGCAACGUGAACGGCUAAAAAGCAAUAGGUUUAUAUUAGCAAAACAACAAAUUUGCACAUGCAUCACGCUUUUUUGUACAUUUCUUUGCCGUCGUUCAACGACUACAACGUGAAAGUGCCUAAUUUCGUAUUUUGUCGAGGACGGGAACACGAGACAACAACUUUCUUUUUCUUUCCCUGAACUUUGAUAGUCCCUUAGAAUUCAGGUCCGAAAAAAUUUUGCCAGCAUUUGACGAAUUAAAAGACAUGGAAUAAAUGCGAUAAAGUUUGAAGUAGCGGGAAUUCACUUUUUCAGUGACGUUUUCGUAGCUGACGCCGUCGUUGUUGCUUAAGCUCCGUAUUUACCACUGUGGGGACGUAAAAGAACGAAUAGGGACUCGCAGUAACAAUUUCUAGUAAUAAACACCCUGGCGGCGGGUACCUCCUUUUUUGUGUGUUUUUGAGAGUGGGUGAGCAGGGGACCUCUGAUUAAGAAGAGGAGUCCCGCUCAUGUCCAUUCUUGCACGUUUGUAUCAAUUAAAGCUGGAAAAACAAGGCUUGGCAGACAAGCUCUUAUUAUUCAUGCCUUAUAUAUGUCUUUCUCACAGCUACAUUUACUGGACGAACUGGGGCCAAGCGCCUCAUAUUGAACGUGCAAGACUGGACGGCACCGAAAGAAGAGCACUUGUCUACAAUGGUAUCAAGUUUCCAAAAGGCCUGGCUCUUGACGAGUUAGGCAAAAAACUUUUCUGGGCCGGUACUGACGACAAUAAACACGGAAUUAUCGAGGCUGUAUCUCUGGAUGGUUUAAACCGCAGCGUCAUAUUCUACGAACAGGGUUACCAUCCAUUUUGUUUGGAUACCUUUGAAGACUAUGUUUACUGGGCUGAUUUGGGACGAAAUGCGAUUUUGCGCAUUAAAUCUCUUGGAGGUGAGGCAGAGGUGAUUAUUGACGGCUUAAACAAGCCAAUGGGAUUGAAAAUUCUUCACCCACGUGAAUCAAGGCCAGGUACGUGUUCUGAUAGUCCUUUCAGUAGAAAGACGCUCAUCAUCGCAUGAGUUUCUCUUGGUUUUCGUCAACUACAAAAAUCUUCUUUAUUUAAAUUUCCUAGGAAAGAGUUGGUCGCAGUUUUUCGUCAAGCGAAGCAGCAAUUUUGGGCUUUUCAAAACCUUCGCUUUGUCUGAUUACACAAGUUUCAGAUGGCCUGGACCUUUCGCGUAUUAAGUUUAUUUUUUCGUCUUUCCUUUGACUUAGGAUGUUGUUCAUUUUUCACUCUAGGCAAUUCUUGCGAUAAAAACAAUGGCGACUGUGAGUACCUUUGUCUAUCUAUCCUUGAAAAACAAAGAUGCUUUUGCAAGGAAGGAAUGAAAUUAAAAGAAAAUGGAAAAAAUUGUGAGAAAUACAAACUUCAAGGUAAGUCACGCUUGUGACUAGUUCAUUGGAUUUCAAUUUUUUUAUUGCUCUUAUACCGCAUGUCUUUACAUUACAUCUAUUGCCUUUACUGCUUCGUGUCUUGUAAAAGUCAGUGAUAAGAAAAUUCUUUUUUUAACAGACAUAGCGUUCCGGGCUCUGCUAGUGCUUCUCUAAUACAGUCAGUCAAAUGACAACUGAGCAAAAAAGACAAAUAGUCCAUGAAGGCAAAUCCAGUCAUAAAUCUGUCAAGGGAACGUUGUUGUAUAAUCCUUCCCCGUAAUUAAGUAUUCAACGAUAGUCUUGCGUUGUCGUGAGCAUUGUCCUAGCGAUGGAAACGUAGAUAGCGAGAUACCUUCGUAUUUUUCUUGAUAAUCUGAAAUUCAUCUAUUUGUUUCCCAUCUAAGGAGAAGAGAAGAAUGGUGAAUCAUUGGAUUUCAACACUCCAAUCUUCAUCAUAGUUAUGCUGCUGCUUUUGUUAGUAGCUGUUUAUUUUGCAUUGAAGAAACGCCCCUCGUGUUCUAGACCCACUGAUCCACCCCGGGUGCCACGCGCGAAAAGGGCGAAUGAUCAAGGGGUCAUAGAUGAAGGAAUAGAGGAGGAGCUUCCCACAGACCAAACGGAACUUAUGGUCGCGGAAUCGCAACCAAAUGAUGCGUCACCUGAAUCAAACCAACAACUUUGUAGUUCUGAAGCAUCUGGAGCAUGCGCAUCGCCAGUAAAGGUGAGAUCGGCAAAAUAUUGCUUGUAACAGCACGACUCUGUUGAUAUUAAACUAAAACACACUGCUAAAAGCAACAGCCCAUUUUAAAGUUGUUGGUAGAGGCAAGGCUGGUGUUGACUUUGUCUUAUUAAAACCCGUCCUUUUUUUCUAUGUAAUUGUUGCCUUUUAUGUUAAAUAGUAGUUUCUAGGAGGUAUGAAUGAAAACAAUGUUAAGCCAUCGCAUUCAUUCCUAGGCGUGUGGUUACAAUGCGCGCAACUGUUAAGUGGUUCAUUGGUUAAGAUCCUUACUUAUUAGCAAUUGUUUCGGGAAGACGAGAUGAAUACUACAACAAAAACGAAGGAAAAUUGUAGGUUUCUAAAAAUACUUUUCUUUUUUAAGUACUUUUAGAACUUGAUCAGUGAAUUUAUCAGUAGAAAAUAGUUAUGUACAGUUUUCAAGUACAAAGUAACUUUAAUUUGACACAUUUGCCUAGCGCGCAAAAACUAACCCUUGCAACUUUUAUCUUUAAUGCUGCGUUAUCUGCUUUCUAUUUUAUAAUCAGAUCCUGCUACUUAAGAGAAAUCAUUUAAGAUAACUCUUAGACCGUGAUCUAGUGUCGUAAAUUUUCCGGCUUCAGUCAAAGAAAAAGAAAUUGCUGCACUUCAGAACAAAUUAUAUAGAUGUGUUCUGACCGUAAUAAAAACAUUUUUCCUUUGGUUACAGAGAGAUGUAGUGGUUCACAUGCACAUGAACACGUUGAACAUGAACACAGUGAACACAGUGAACACAGUGAACAUGAAUAUGAAUACAACUAAUAACGUGGAACUUCAACAAAGUGGCGGAGUGACUGUCGUAGGAGACGAGGCAAAAAUCAGUUAUCAUCAGCCUUCUCAAAGUUGAAGUAUGACUUCUACGAAAACUCUCUCUCAUCAUUUAGAAUCAAAACUCCUUAAUACGGAGGAUCAAAGGGACAGCCCAAAUAUCCGCAUCACGGAGCUGUCCCUAAUUAUGGAAGUAUAUAUUGAAUGAAGUUUGGUAUCCUCGGAACACACAUAGAGAACUGUACGUAAAAACAGGGUCCUUAUUAGAGAGCUCUAAGUGUGGGAGGAGAGGGGGUUCCAAUGUUAAAGCUACCACUGAUAAGUUUGUUUCGAUGCGUACUUUUUCAGAAAAGGUAGUGAAAAGUCCUCUCCUGCUGUUUACAAAAUCGCAUGAGUACCCACCUAUUCUGUAUUUCCGGUACUUGCUUGGUCGAUAUUUUUUUCCGUCCUUGGGGAAUUCCCAUAUAUGGGCUCAGUAUAUGAGGAUGUGCCACUCAACAGGCUAUGCUGUUAUUGCUCCUCUCCCUAUUAUAGAAGUAGAGAGAUUAUAAAGCUUGGCGAGUGUUCCUCGAACGUGAUAUCUGAUACAUGUGGAUAAGAAGUAACAGCGGAAGAAACUUUUUGGGGGUGCAGACGAAAACAGAUACGUUUGCGCGAGAAUCGUUGGUUUUCACAUGACGUCACUAAAAUUCAAACUACAAAACUGUCGAUCUUACCAAGAUUUUACUUUCACGGUGUAUUAGGGCAGCUGAAAACUAAUUUUCAUACAAUUUUUCUCUUCAAAAGGGUUGUUGCUUUUGUGAUAGAGUACGUGCGUGACGCGGGAUUUACAUGACGGCCAGGAGAGUUGUCAUGUAGAUUAAAAAAAUUACUUAUUUCAGGGAAUUUUGCUAUCUAAACAGUUUAUGUAUUAGAAAAAGUAUUACUUUAAUGUUGAUGAUUUCCUCGAAGAAUAAUUUCACGUUUUUGUAGCAAAACUCGGUAACAGAUUUUUCUGUUGGUUUCCGUCCGCCAUGUUGGUGAUCAUCCGGAUGAGUACCAGCAUGGCGUCUCCAUACAAAUCUCUAUAAAUUUGGGAAAAACAUUUCUUCGGAUAUCUCGUAUUUGAAAUAUUCCUCUGACCUGAAUUUUGGCGAGGGUCUUUGCAUACUUACCUCCUUUCAUUUCCCAGAUUCUGGACUUUAUCUAUUGAACAGUCUUCAUUUUUUAUUUGGAUCUAUUUUGUAUGGCGUGACACUGAAAACCAGCUAUAAGUGAUGCGUUUUAUAGUCAAC